AGUCCCUCCUCUCACAGGAACAACUCGACCCAAACUUCCUGCAAGCCUCCGCGGCUGCUCGUGGAGUAAACACAAGAGGAGGAGCAGCAUGGCCGCCCUGCUUCGCAGCCUGCCGCGGCCGAGGAGCUCGUCGUGGCGGUGCGUGGGCGUCAUUCUGCGUGGAACGUCCCGCGGUGCUCACCGGGAGGGAGCGCGACUCCAGGCCGAGGGAGGCGGCUCGUUGGCGGCGCACAGGAGCGCUCUGAGCCGCGGGCUCCACACGGAGUCUGCGGAUCCGGUGGAGGUGGAUGUGAAGCGGUUAGAGGGGGAGGACGACGGGAUAGUGGAGGUGCUGAUGUGUCGACACAAGGCCAGGAAUGCUCUGGGCCACGUCUUUGUGUCACAGAUGAGGGCGCUGCUGUCCACCCUGUCCACUGACCCCGCCGUGCGCGUGCUCGUCUUCAGGAGCUCGGUGCCGGGCGUUUUCUGUUCAGGUGCGGACCUCAAAGAGCGAGCGCUGAUGAACGACUCUGAGUCAGACCUGUUCGUUCACGGCCUGCGGUCGCUCAUGACACAGAUAGCGUCGGUGCCGGUGCCGACCAUCGCGGCGAUGGACGGCGUGGCCCUGGGAGGUGGGCUGGAGCUGGCCUUGGCCUGCGACCUCCGCACGGCUGCGCAUUCGGCACAGAUGGGUCUGAUUGAGACGACGCGGGGGCUGCUCCCAGGAGCAGGGGGCAGUCAGCGGCUGCCCAGGACGGUGGGCGUGAGUCUGGCCAAGGAGCUCGUCUUCACAGGUAGGCGCGUGGGAGGGCGGGCGGCGCUGGAGAUGGGGCUGGUGAACAGGGCUGUGGAGCAGAACCCGACAGGAGACGCCGCCUUCAGAGAGGCGCUCAGCCUGGCCAGAGAGAUACUGCCCCAGGCUCCUAUCGCCGUGCGAAUGGCCAAGGAGGCCAUGAACAGAGGCGUUGAGGUUGACAUCAGUUCAGCAAUGGCUAUAGAAAGGAUGUGUUAUGCCCGGGUCAUCCCCACGCGGGACCGACAGGAGGGCAUGGCAGCCUUCAUAGAGAAGAGACCUCCGAGAUACACAGGAGAGUAAACUCUGCUGACUGACUUACUGAAGCUGGAACCUCCUGUCUGACAGAUGAUUAACAGAUCCUCUCAGCCAGUGCCAACACUUUAGUUAGUAGUACAUGAUGAUUGUUGGAGUGGCUAAAGGUCAUGCCUAACUCCGUCUGCACACUUUGUACUGGUACAGUACAAUCAUGAUCUAGUAGUGAAUGAAUAAAAAAAAAAAGGCAAAACCUGUGUCAGCUCCACUUUA